UGGGGUGGGGUUGGGGUAAGUGAACAGGAUGUACAGUAGUUUGACAAUCAUCAUGGGAAGUCCCUAUAAAGAUAGCUAUACGAGUGUGUCUUUAUUUUCUCUAUUGUAACAUUAUCUCUAUUGCAGUUAAGGUUUGGACAGCUGGUUAAGAAAAAAUAUAUUAUCCAUAAUGGUCAUACCCGUAACAGACCCGUAAAUUAGGCUAGUGUACAUUACAGUAAAACACCGCGAAUUCCUUCCAUUGCUGCUUAAUAUACACGAGCAAGGGUCGUGUUUUGUCAGAAGCCGUGGUUACUGAAGAGGCGUGUAAAACACCGGCGGCUUUCACGGAAUCUCAACACAGCAGCUCACGGUAACAAUCGAGUUUACUCAAGUUCAUCUGCACAGUAAGUGUGUGAGAGUCGCUUUUUGCACAGACUUCCAUUACUGCUGUAGCAGGACUGCUCAACACAGUGCGCUGGACUGCGAGAUCAGAUCAUGUUUUCCAACUCAUUGCUCAGAACAGGACUAUUUUUAUGUAAGCAAGACUGCGGUGGAAUAAAAUGCCUGACAUCGAUGUUCCUGAAUGCUCGGACGACCAGUACACUGAUAGGUGGAGAUAAACAAAAAACCAUGGACGACUUGGAUGGUCCCAGCUUUCUGACGUCUUUAUACUGGCUGUUUGGAAAAGGAUAUUUUCAAACGACUCAUCAGAUGCAGAUAGAGCACAGCAAAAUCUAUGGCCCACUUUGGAAGUCCAAAUAUGGGCCAUUGGUUAUUGUAAAUGUGGCCAGUGCAGACCUCAUAGAACAAGUUCUGCGGCAGGAGGGUCGCCAUCCCAUCCGUACAGACAUGCCCCACUGGAGAGGCUACCGGAAACUCCGCAAUCAUGCCUAUGGACCCCUCACAGAAAUGGGUCCGGAGUGGCAGCGCAUCAGGAGCAUACUGAAUCCUCGAAUGCUGAAGCCGAAACAUGUGUCCAACUACACCAAUGCUAUUAAUGGUGUGGUGAGUGACUUCAUUGAGAAGAUGGCUAAGCUAAAGACAACCAAAGGCAAUGACGUUAUGGUGUAUGACGUGGCUGGAGAGCUGUACAAGUUUGCCUUCGAAGGAAUAUGCUCAGUGUUGUUUGAAACUCGCAUGGGGUGUCUGAAUGAUGAGAUUCCCGAAGAAACGCAGAAGUUUAUCUUCUCUGUAGGGGAAAUGUUUCGUCUUUCUCCCAUUGUGAUCCUAUUUCCUAAAUUUCUCUGGCCCUAUAUGCCUUUUUGGAAGCAUUUUGUGGCUGUUUGGGACCAUUUGUUCAAAGUGGCGGAUGAACUGGUGCAACAAAAGAUGACCGAGAUUCAGGAAAAGGUAAAAACUGGUAGUCCAGUGGAGGGCGAGUAUCUCACACACCUGCUGAUCAGUGAACAGAUGUCCUUCACGGAAGUUUUGGGUAGCAUUACUGAGCUUCUGCUGGCUGGAGUCGACACUACUUCAAACACCAUUUCCUGGGCUCUGUAUCAUUUGGCACGAGAGCCAGAGAUCCAGCAGAAGCUGCAUGAGGAGGUGGUCAGCGUCUGUCCGGGUGACAAGACACCAAGCAGUGAUGACAUCACCAGGAUGCCACUUUUGAAGGCUAUCAUUAGAGAGACACUUCGAUUAUAUCCGGUAGUUCCUGGAAAUGCUCGUGUUGUUGCAGAAAAUGAAAUAGUGGUUGGUGAUCACCUCUUCCCUAAAAACACUCUGUUCCACCUCUGCCACUUUGCGGUGUCCUACGAUGAGACAGUGUUCCCCGAUCCCUUCGCCUUCCUGCCACAGCGCUGGAUCCGGGAGCAGAAGCAGUUAAGCCAGCAUCCCUUCGGGUCUGUGCCGUUUGGUUUCGGCAUCCGUGCCUGUUUGGGCCGCAGAGUGGCUGAACUGGAGAUGUACCUCCUCUUGUCCCGGUUAAUCAAACGCUAUGAAGUGCGUCCAGACCCUGCAGGAAAGACUGUGAAGCCGAUCACACGAACUCUGCUGGUUCCUGCAACAUCGAUUGACCUGCAGUUUAUUGACAGAUAAAAAGAGUAAGAAGUAUCCAUCAAAGCAAAUGCGUCUGUAUCAGUAACCGUGCACUUCCUUUAGUAAUCUUCUACUUUAUGUUUUUAGCCCUGUGAACACGUAGCACUUACACAAAUACAUGGCCUUACUGUUGCCUUUUUAAGGUAUUUUUUAUUUAUAACAAGCAGACUUAUUUUACCACCAGAAAUACUUAUGAACUGAAGAUGUACCAACAUUCAUUUGACACUACAUUGCAUUAACUUUUUGAAAUGCAUGUGAGCUUGUUAAAGGGAUACCCCCCCACAAAAAAUAAAAAAAUCUGUCAUCAUUUACUCAUCCCUUAAGCCUAGUUCUCACUCCCUGACUUUAAACAUUGGCUGAUUGCUGUGCUGUUCAGACUACAUGGCUUGAUUUUGGCUCAAUCCCGAUUCUAUAUUUUUAUCCUGCAGAUUUUCACCCGAUCAUAGCCCAAUCUAUCAGCGAGCUUGUUAUCUCAAAAUUCUGCAGUGUGAACUUGGCAUUACUUGCUCCAAACUUUUAUGAGUUUCUUUCUUCUGUUGAAACACAAAAGAAGAUAUUUAGAAAAAUGUUGAAAACCUGUAGCUAUUGACUUCCAUAGUUUUUAGUUUUUCCUACUAUGGAAGUCAAUGGUUACAGGUUUUCAGCUUUCUAUAUCUAUUUUAUGUUCUACAGAAGAAAGAAACUCAAAGGUUCACGACCACUUGAGGGUGAGUAAAUAGUGAGUACAUUUUUAUUUUUUCGGUGAACUCUCCCUUUAAGUACACUGUAAAAAAAUUGACUCAACUUAAAAUUUUAAGGCAACCAGCUUCAGGACAUUUUUGAGUUUACUUAAAUCAAGUCAAGUGCAGUACUUGGGUUGAAAGUUGAGUCAACUUAAAAAAGCUCUGCAGCAAGUUACAAUUGUGAGUUAAGUCAACUUUUUUUUACAGUGUAUGAGAGUCAAUUUAUUUUCUUGUAAAUGCAGAUAGAUUUUUGUAAUUAUAUGUAUUUUUUUAGAGCUUGCAUAUCCAAUUUCCGAUAACAGUGUCCUUGCAAGUAAGAAUAAUUCUCAUAUUAACUGAACACAUUUCAUAGCUCUCGCUUAAGCUUCAAUGAAAUAAAACUCCACUGAUGCCCUCUAGUGGGUGAGAAUUGUCGGUGCAAUAAAUAAAGAGUCCAGCUUUUUCA